AUGGUCAAGGCCGCGAAAGCUGAUGCUGAUCUCGUCUUCUCGACGUACCAAGGCGAGAAGCAGCUAGCCGAGCUAGUGAAGCUAAUCGACAAGGACUUGUCCGAGCCUUACUCGAUCUUCACGUACCGCUACUUUCUAUACAAUUGGCCACAGCUAAGUAUCCUGGCGCGAGUACAGCACAAGCUCGUGGGCGUUAUAAUCUGUCGCCAAGAGCCCCUGGGCGCGACGCCCGAGGAGACCGGAGACGACGGACUAAACGGUCCGAACGAUCCAAAGCAACGACGGAGAGGGUACAUUGCCAUGCUAGCGGUAGAGAAGCAGUACCGCCACCGCGGUAUCGGCUCUCAGCUGGCGCAGAAAGCGAUCGAGCGGAUGCGGGACGACGGCUGCGAAGAAGUGAUGCUCGAGACGGAGGUUGCCAACAAAGCUGCCAUCCGGUUGUAUGAGAAUCUGGGCUUCGUGCGCGACGAGCGGUUGGUCAAGUACUAUCUAAACGGGGGCGAUGCGUACCGUCUGAAGCUCUGGCUGCAGUGA